CCCGACGUGUUCACCACCGAGGAGGGGGCCGGCCGAAUCAGUGCCGUGGAUGUCGCCGAGAUCCACUGGGACAGCCUCGUCAGCUGGAACAUGCUGCACCCCACCAUUGCCAUCCUCCCGACUGGCAGGCCCGUAAAAGUCACCCACCCUGACAUCCACCCCAUUCCAUACUCGGAUCACUCAUCCUUUUCAGAGCUGUGCGAGUUUGUGAAGUGGCUGAAACCUUGCUCAGUCAUUCCAAUUGUAAAGGGUGGCACGUGCCAGGCUUACUUUCAGGAAUACCUAAGUCCUGCCUCCCAGGCACUUCCCAGCCUCAAAAUCCCAAAGCCUGUGCAAGAGUCUGUACAGCAGCAAAGCAAAAGGAAAGGGCAGGAACCCCUCUUGAAAAGAGCUUCCUGGCAUUCUGUGCCCCGAGGAGUUGUUUAUGAGAAUCCAGAGAAAUUUACUGAGAAAUCUGAAGAGUUCACGGGUGUUAAUGCUCCUCAGCAGAAGUACUGUGCGUUGUCUUUCUGCUCAGAAGAGGGCUGCACUUGUCACACAGGCAAAGAGAAAGGGAAGGAAGAGCUGAGUGGAGAGCAGGCAGGAGCAGCAAGAGCAGCUGGCACUGUUAUCCAGGCACCUCUUGCUGGUGAGCACUUCUCAACUGGACUUGCAGAGCAGUAUUUACUCACUCCCUUAAGUGUUCUAAAGCAGUAUUCCUCACAGGAAUUUGACAAGCUGGUAGAAAAUUUCUUUAAGAGGGAAGAAGCGUCCUGA